AUGGCACAUUUUCAGGGCGAUUUGGGGGAAUUUGGAGAAAGGCGAUUUUCGGUGACGGAGGCAGCGAGGGAGGUGGGUGGACAGGGUGAGGGAGGUGAAGGGGCGAAAGAGGGCGGUGAAGGAGGAAGAUGGGUUGAGGAGAGGGGAUUUUGGAGGUGGAGGGGAAAGUGGAAAAAGAGUGUUUGGGCGAAGGACGCCGACGGAGGAGGUGGGUGGAGGGAGGCAGGGAGCGAAGCGACCAGUGAAAGAGAGGUGGGAGCGUAUCCUCAGGACGUCGAGGCGGACGACGGUGAUGUGCAGCAGGUACAGGAGCGACAGCGACCAGAGGGCUAA